AUGACAUACAGUUCCUUUCCGAAAACCAGAUUUGAGACGACAAUCUGGGCAGGAAAGCUUUUGCUGCUUUUCGCCGGAAUGGUAUCAACUCUGACAUUGGUAAAGGCGGCAGUGAUUCCUUUCGUCGUUGAUCUGGCUCUCUCGACGGUUCCCCAGAUUUGGAUGUCGUUUAGGAGCUGGGUGAUGUCUCCACUUUACAUCUACAUCGUCGUCAACUUCAUCAUCGUCGCCAUUGCUGCCUCAUCGACCUAUCAACCCAGAAACGACGACAAUUCUUCCUCAAACGACAAUAACAAGAAGACGACGGACCACUCAAUUCACUCCCAACAACAAAAAACUCAGUCGCAGCCAACCAAUACUACUGCUUCUUCCUCUUUAAUCGAAGAGGAGAAAACGGCCACUAUUAUUGCUACCGAACUAUUAUUUCCCGGAGUCCCAUCACCGGAAAUAAACCCAGGCGGCCAUUCCGGUCAAAACCCAACAGUUACAGAGGACCGUCAAGAAGAUGAAUCUGACGAGAGAGCGGUAACCAAUAGUGCCACCGACAGGUCAUUAUUCGCCAGUGACCCAUCACCGGAGACAAAACCUGGCGACUAUUUCGACAAGAAUAGGAGCAGAGUGGAGAUGGAAGAGGAGGAAGAGGAUAGUAAUUCGCUUGAGGAGACAUGGAAGGCCAUCACGGCGGGACGGAAGCUGAAGAAGAGUGAGAGUUGGGACGUGGCACCGCGGCUGGUGAGAGCUGAGGGAGAUGAGAAUGACUAUGGGUUGAAUAAGAAGAAGAAUAUGAACGGUGAGGAUGAUCCGGCGGUGUGGGCACGGCGGGAGAUGAGAAAAUCGGACACUUUCAGUGACAGGGUGUCGUUGAGAAGAGAAAAGUCAAUGAGUCCAGAGGAGUUGAACAAGAGAGCCGAAGCCUUCAUAAAAAAAGUCAACAACGACAUUCGCCUCCAGAGACUCGAAUCCGAACAGCGCUUCUUCGACAUGGUCAACAGAGGUCUCUAG